AUGACAAAAAGCAAAGUUCGUCCAAGUGACGGCAGUAGCAAGAAAUUCAAAUAUAACAUCCUUAACAGAGAUGUUUUCGGAAGGACAGUGCUUCAUGUCACUGUACUCUGUGACCAACCUGAUUUAAUGAAUCAGGUGUUACGAACACCGGAGGCAAAACUGAUAAUUUUGGCUACUGACUGUGAAAAUGGAUGGAACGUGCUUCAUUAUAUUCUAUACCACAAGCGGUUCCGUUGCCUUGCUGUACUUCAACAGUAUUUGGAUAAAACGCCGGUGGGAAACUCUUCGAUACUUCACGAGCUAUUGAAGAAGAAGGACAGAGGUGGCAUCCCGCCCCUUUUCUUGUUGCGAAACGAUCUUAAGGAUUUUGUGUGGAUUCCAACUUACAUCAAUGAACACAACGAGUACCACUUGCAGUACAGGUACCCAGAGCAUAACAGUGAAGAUGUUAGCACUCAAAGAAUGAGACGCUCUUGGCAGCUAGAUCAUAUAAUGUGGAGUCCAAAACGAGGAGCUUCAGAUAUGUACGUUAUGGGAUCUAAUGUGAAUCACUCUCUCGGCGUUGGCGAUUCCACCGACAGAUCUGUCCCUGUUAAGGUCUCACAUAAAACUUUUCAACCGCCACAUUCAGAUAUGCAACUGUUUCUUCGAAAGCCUCGAUAUCGUGACUUAAGGAUAUCGAAAUAUCAUUCGGUUGCUUUAACAACAGAUGGCCGUCUAUUCACUUGUGGGUUGGCUUCCAAAGGAAGGCUCGGUGUCGGGCAUUCAAAAAACAGUUUCUCAUUCUCGCAAGUAAGCCUUUUUGAAGAAGAAGACAGGUUAGUGUCUCAAGUUGCCGUAUCGACGGGUCACAACCUAGCGUUGACCACUUCUAAUGAGGUUUACGGUUGGGGUCUGAAUGAGUACAACCAAUUGGGCUUUACGUCUUCAGAUAGCCAGCAGUACAGAACGGGUUCGACUCGAGACUUUCAGAAUGUGCCUAUUCUGAUUACCACUGGAGAGCUUCGGAAGAAUACAAACCCGAUGGUUGGCAUUGCUGCGAGCAAAAUCCACUCUGUGGCAUAUACUGAUGAUACCAUUUAUAUGUGGGGCCUUAACAUUGGCCAGAUGGGAUUCGAGGCGGUUGGUGAGGAUGAUUACAGCCUUAACUUGCAUGGCACUAUAGUCAGGGGAAAGGUGAUUGAGCAGCCUAAAUCGGUAUCUUUCAAAGAAAAGGUACAAUUUAUCGCCACUUGCGAGACAUGCACUUGUAUUGCGACCGAUACCAACGAUCUCUUUGUUUUUUAUCAGCACCACAGAUACAAGCUUCAGAAACUUCCAACGAGAUCGGAGUUCGAUAAGUUCGACACUUAUAAGCCGUCGAGGUUGACGGUGUCGCCUAAGAUCCGGAAGAUUGCUAUGAAAUCUCCAGAGAAUGUUUUUCUUCUUCUUGAAAGUGGCGACGUUAUGUCUUUCGCAAUCCCGGCUAAGUUUGAUAUGAAGGCAGCUCGGAAUAUCAAAUUCCAAUACAUUUGGCGAGCAUUCGAUUCCAAUCUUCGUGCAGUUGAUAUCGAUAAUUCUUAUGACGGAUCGAUUGUUCUUUGCACGAGAGAUGGAUCCGUCUUCACCAAGUUCACAUCAUCCUCGCAGUCUCAACGUCGCCCAUCGCUAACUUCAAAGACACCCUCGUUGGCGAUGACAUCCAAGAACAAGUUCCGGAAACUAGAAGGUGUUAAUAGAGUUGUUAAGGUAAGCUGUGACGAUCAGUUCGUUUCAUUUGGCUUCAUGAGAGAUGAAUCUGAUAUGCUACCUCUAAAGCUUCAAAAAAAUGAUUUUAAAAUGGACUUGAACUACUUGAGCGUUUUGAGUGAAGUCGACUCAUACCGCAAACAGGAUCAACUUCUUGACACAGAUCAUGACAUGAAUUGCUAUGUAUCUGAUUUCAUAUACCCAUUGCGUCCACGCAAAAGAAAUGAUGAAUUCCUGUUCUUGGCCAGAUCUGAUGAUCACGAGGACGAUGAAACUCUUGAAAAGGUGAGAAUAAGCGACAGGCUUUAUCAAAGCUUUCUCCAGCAUUAUAGUUAUUCUUCCCGGAAGCCGAUUCAAUCCGAAAGCUUGUACCAGGCUUAUGACAUCGACGAAAUCUCAAGGCUUAAUGAUGUACUAUCAUUAGAAGCUGCCUUUAAUUCACUUGUAAAAGUGCAAGCCUCGUUUUACAAAUUUCACGACGCCGCGAUUGAAUUCCGGAGUCUGCCAAACAUCCGUUUAAAAUUUCAUUCCAACAUCUUGGCAUGCCGCUCAGAGUUUUUCGAAAGGCUCAUGUCGCAGGAAAACGGCGAUGAAUUCUUUAUAACUCAUGGCUUCAAAGGCAGCUAUGAUGUGACGAGACGAUUGUUGACAUUCGAAUCUGAUGUCGAUGUUCGAGCCACCGUUGUGUUUUUGCACUUCAUCUACACGAAUAGUGUGUUGCGUUUCUGGGAUGCUUUUCCAUUGGGGUCGAAAUGCCCUCCGUCUGUGAAGAGAUCGAAAGAUCAUUUCGCAAUCUUGAUGGCAAUUUUUCAAAUGGACUCGCACUUUGGGAAAGAGGAGAAAUUCAUUGAGCUGUUCCAAAGCUGUAUCAACAACGGACGUGGGGACUUGACGAUAAUCUUACUGGACGGUCAAGUGCGUUGUGAUUCUUCCAUCCUUGUAGCAAGGUCAGCUUUUUUUGAGACUUUCUUGUCAGAGAGGUGGGAAACAAUAGCCAGUGAUGAUACAGACAGCUCAUUUGAGGAAGAACAGAAACAAGUUAACCUAGAGGGCAUUAACACGUUGCAAUUUGAGGUGAUACUUCGCCAUAUAUAUGGCUGUGAUGAUCUUAAAGUAUUUGAUUGCAUUUAUGGCGUGGUUUCCAGUGAUGACGACAGCGACGAUUUCAUUAAUUUCUUGCUUGACAUGAUAGAGAUCUCUGACGAGUUGCUUCUUAUUCAAUUGAAGCAUAUAUCUGAACUUGCUAUCAAAGACCUCAUCACAUACGAUAAUGUUCUUUUGCUACUCACCCAUUCAUUUUAUUUGUCGGCUUCAAAAUUAUUUAAGAGCUGUUGUUGGUGCAUUUUCAACAAUCUAGACAUUCUUAUUUUUGAACCAACGUUUCGGGAUCUUGACGAAGAAAUUCUUGCUGCCUUGGAGAAGGAGAUGAGGUUUUUGCAGUUGAUGAAACAGAAUGACUUUGUUGUUGGAGAUCGCGGAGAAGUUAAUCUCAACUUAAUCAGAUCAUUAAAUGGUCCAAUAAUUGAUGCUGAUGCGUUAUCAGACUUUGCAAAAGCUUUCAAUGAUAUAUUUUUGACUGAUGAUCUGGCUUUCAAACCAAUUUUUGAUCAAUCGCCCGAACCUCUUGGAGCGGAGGAGAAAAAACGCAGAUCCUCUUCGAGAAAGCUUUCAAGGAGGAGUAGUACUAUCGAACUCCCCAAAGAGCUUCAAAACUUGAACAUCUGCAAGUCUUCGAGGAAAGUAAGCGAUUCGGCAAUUGCUGAUGACAUCACUGGUGAAGAUGACUUCGAAAUGGUAACAUCAAGAAGACGUCGCAAAUCGAAGACGGGCACUAAUACACAUCCAGUGUCUCAACAUGAAACGAGCGAAGUUGAGCUGAGUAGAGGCCAACUUCUUGAAGCUCUGAAGUCAGAAAGCUCGAGUCCGCCACCCCUGGGUGCUACUCUAGGCACUGGAUGGAGCGCACGCGACGUGUCGACCAGUCCCAUUGAGGGCACCCCAUUCGGACCCACGCUCGGUGAUAAAGUAACCGGUAACAAGUCCAAAUCCAAAAUCAAGUUUUCUGGUAUCAAACCAUCGCAGAAGCAGAGAAGGAAAUUUGGAGACUUGAACACGGAUCAGAAGUUUACGGACAACAUUGUUACACCCACGCUCAAAAAUCCGUGGAAGGCUGUUUCUCCCCCAGCUGCUCAAAUGGAUUCUGCAAGCAACAUGCCCGUACUUGGGAGUGCAAAUUCCGAGGCGGGUAGCAGUUCCAGCUCCAUGACUGCCAUAAUGCUCGAGGAGUCAAUGAAGAUUGAAAGACAAAAGCAAUUCGAGGGCGAAAGAAAGUCUCUCCAAGAAAUUCAGCAGGAGCAGGAGUUUGCAAAAUGGUGGGAAGAAGAAUCCCGACUCAACUCUGUGCUUAUCCAGCACCAGCACCCCUUCUUGUCUGAGCAACGAGGCCUGCUCGAACUCACCAUUUUCUCUAACUGA